AUGGUUAAAUUAUUAACCAAAAUGACUGAGCCUAGAAUACUCCGCUCAAACAUACCGGUGGUAGACGUGCCUGAGCGAAGUGUUGGCGAAUAUAUCUGGAAUAAACUAAGCCAGCUUAAUGAAAAGUCAAUAUGUUUGAUUAACGCCGAGUCCAACGAGCAGUUGACUAUCGGUGCGCUGAAGCACAGGUGUCAAGCGGUGGCCACAGCACUACUAGCGCACGGUAUAGCCCGUACGGAUCGACUCGCUUUCUACGGCCAAAACACAAUACCACACGUUGUGUUGCGAUUGGCCACUAAAUUGCUGGGCCUCCCGGUGUGUCCGCUCAGUCCCACGUUUGAAGCCUAUGAAGUGGACCAGGAGUGUCAGUCCAUGGGUGUGACCGUGGCCGUUUGCUCAGCGAGCCACUUGCAUAAAUUCAGCCGGCUACUUCAAUCCGACUACAAACAUAACAUUAGGCUAGUGGUGGUGUUCGACGGCCAUCACGACAGUCACGUGACAUACGAUCAGCUACUUGUUGAGGGCGGCGAUCGGGCGCUGACAAAAGUGCCCCACUUUCCCGUUAACCCCGAUGUGGACCCCGUUAUACUCAUACACACGUCGGGCAGCACAGGGAGACCCAAGUGUGUGAUGCUUAAACACAAAUCAAUUCUUGCAUUGCUAAGUGAACGUGGUCACUUUCUCGACCCGGGCACCGGUACUGAUCACGUGAUCGGCGCCCCGUACCCAAUGGGUCACAUUAGCGGCACAUCUAUUAUACCACUGCAGCUAUGUCUGGGCGCUCGGCUAGUGAUUUACCCCGAUUUUGACGUUGAGUUAUUGUUUAGAUCCAUCGAGCGCUAUAAAAUCAACUUUUUGCCAACAUUUCCCUCGUUUGGUCGCAAAUUGGUGGAGGGUGAUUUGUGCGAUAAAUAUGAUUUAUCUAGUUUACGCAUUGUUAACACCGGUGGCUCUCCAUUAGCCGCCAGUAUAUCGUUGGCUAUUAUUGAUAAAUACGGCGUUGGGUUUCGUGAAGACAACAACUCCAAGAGUUGGAACUCCUAA